AUGGAAAAUAAAACUAAUAUAAAUAAUAAAAAUAACAAUAUAGAUAAUAUAAAUUGUAAUAAUAAUAAUGAACUUCAUUUGUUUAUUAGAAUAAUUAGAAAUAUUUAUUUAAAAAAUAUUAUAUUUCAGCAUAUUAAGAGUUUAAAUGCAAUCGAUUAUAUUAAAAGAAAGCAUCAAUUCUUUAAUAUUAAAUCUUUAUUAUAUUUUCGUUACAGAGAUUACCUUGAAGAUUUAGAAAUUAGAGGUUCAAGUACAAUUAAUGAAUAUUUUUUAGAUUUACCCGAUUUUUUAGAAAAUAAUAAAAAUAUAAUUAGUAAUAAUAACAAUAAUGAAAAUACAAAUAAAACCAAUAUAUCACCAAAUUUAUCAAGUAUAAAUAAUAUUAAUAAUAAUGAUGAAAUUAAAUAUUUGUAUGAAGGGUUAAUACCAAAAACUGUGAAAAAUUUAAUACUAUAUAGGGAUAUUAAAGAUAAUUCAAUAAUACCAAAUGUAAUACCAAAUUCAGUAAAAAGGUUAACAAUAGAUAAAAAUUUAAUAUUAGAAAAUGAUUCAAUUCCAUCAUCAGUCGAAGAGCUCAUUUUCUGUGAUUUUUCAAAAUUUACGGUAUCAUUUGAAAGCUUUCAAAAACCCUAUAGAUUAACCAUGUUAGAGUUUGGAAAUUAUUAUAAUAAACCUAUCAAACCCAAUUCACUUCCACCAUCAAUUAAACAUCUCUCUUUGGGUAAUUCAUACAAUCAAAAACUUUUCAUAGAAUCCAUACCAAAAGAAACAGAGUAUUUAUAUCUUGGUAACUCUUACAAUCAAAUAACCAAACAAGAUAUAUUUCCUAAAAAUAUCAAGACACUAAUAUUUGGAAUAUCAUUCACAAGGUCAAUAAAUUUAGAGAAUUUAGAUUCAUUAGAAACAUUAAUUUUUUACAACCCAGAAAUGAAAAACAAGUAUAUGAAUUUAACUUUAAUAACACCAAAAUCAAUAAAAAUAUUAAAAAUUGCUCAAGAAAUAAUUGAAAUAAAUAAAUAA